ACAAGAACUACUCGAAGUGCUGUUGUCGAUCUUAAGACCGUCCAGCUUUCGCGCCAUUGUUUACCCUCAAUUUGACCGCAAACCUCAAUAUCUAGUUCGAAGCUUGACUACUCACGAACGAACCCAACAUUGUUUCCUUUAUUUAAUUUCGAACCUCUCAUCAUGGCUGACGAGGCCGGCAAGCCAGCCGAAAGCGCGGCCGAGGUUCGCGAGUCUAUCGAGGCCAAAUCCACCGGCGAUGACAACAAGCAAAAUAAGGACAACGUGCAAGAUAUUAACAUGUCAAAGAAUGAUGCAAACGAUAGUAAUAGUGCAGACAUAUCUCGUCCAACUUCGGGACCCAAUGCCAACGAGGACGGAGAGGCAGAUGCGGAAGGCGACGCAGAUGCUGACGGUGAACCGGAAGAAGAGCGAGUCCCUGGUCGACUCGGCCACAACAUGUUGACCAUAAUCGAGAAUACGGCGAAUUAUCUUUCUACCUACAAAGAGGAAAACGGCUACCAAGUUGCCUUACCCUUCCAGCGCAUCCCGAAUCGACGACACCUGCCCGAGUACCACGAAGUAAUAAAAGAGCCUAUUGCUUUUAGUACUAUUCGCACCAAGAAGCUCAAGAAGCAGUACACUGCUUUCUCUGAAUUUGUCAGAGAUGUCGCUUUGAUAUCCCAUAAUGCUAUGGUUUAUAAUCGCCCCUCCUCCGAGUUCUUCCAAAGCGCUGUUCGUCUACGAGAGAUCUUUAAGGAGGAGCUCCAGAAGUUAGUUGACGACGGAACUAUCAAACCCGAGGAAGCCGUGCUUCCCGAUUUAGGCGAGAUCCCAGAAGCGGAAGAUUCUCCGCCCCCAGAUCUGGAAGAUGAGGACGAGGAGGACGAGGAUGAUGAAGAUGAAGAUGAGGAUGAGGAUUCAGACGAUGAUGGCAUCCGCCGACGAGGUAGGCGAGGUGGUCGUCGCUCCUCGACCUCGGGUAGAAAAUCUGAUAUGAGAGAGGAUGAUUCGCACAAGAAGCGAGGCCGACCCCCUAAGGUCUUCACCCCGCUCGAGGCUCGUAUCCAUUCCUUGUUGAAGGGCCUUCGGAAAUUCAAGCACCAGAACGGAGAGCUAUUGAUCGUUCCAUUCGAGAGACUCCCAGACAAGCAGGCGACGCCGGAUUAUUUUGCUGCCAUCAAGAAUCCUAUUGCUAUGGAUCUAAUCAAGCGAAAGGCCAAGAGAAAGAAGUAUCAGAAUGUGGACCAAGCCCUCAGGGAUCUCGACCUCAUGUUCGACAAUGCCAAGCAAUACAACGAAGAGCAAAGCCAGCUCUACAGCGACGCGGUUGAAUUGCAACGUCAGGCUCACAUGCUUGCUGAGCAAGAGAAGUCUAAACCAGACAAUGACUUCGAAGAUGAAGACGGUAGACGACCUCUACCCGAGAUUUUCCACAACGGAGAGGUCUGGAGAGUUGGCGACUGGGUUCACAUCACCAACCCCAAUGAUUUAACGAAGCCUAUCGUCGCCCAGAUCUAUCGAACUUGGGAAGACAAGUCGGGGCAAAAAUGGGUGAAUGCGUGUUGGUAUUAUCGUCCGGAGCAGACUGUCCAUCGUUUCGAGAAACAUUUCUUGGAAAAUGAGGUGGUCAAGACUGGUCAAUAUCGAGACCAUCGCAUCGACGAAGUUGUGGAUAGGUGCUUCGUCAUGUUCGUAACUCGGUAUAACAAAGGCAGACCUCGAGGAUUCCCCAAGGAUAAAGAGGUAUAUGUCUGCGAGGCUCGAUACAACGAAGAGAAGCACAAACUCAACAAGAUCAAGACGUGGGCGAGCUGUGUGCCCGACGAGGUUCGCGAGAAGGAUUACGAGAUGGAUCUGUUCGAGGUUCCUCGCAAACUAAGAAAAGUACCUAGUCCUAUCAAGCACCUUCUUCGAGAUGAUGCGAAGCCGACCGAUGCUCUACCUAAGCCGACCUGGGGAGCUCCAAAUGCACCCCCCCUUAUCGGAGCUGUACACUGUCGGGACAGGGAGCCGAAUGAAUCUCCACCGCCGGAACCUACACCAUCUCCUCCCCCUGCUCUCCCAAUCAUCGAUCCAGUGCGACGUCCUUCAUUGAUGCAGUCAGCUCGCCCCGUUGACAGCCAGGGCGAUAUUAUGAUGGGCAACACGCCCCAUUUUUCGACUAUUCCGGCAACGCCCACGGCCACGCCUGGACACGUCGGCGUAUAUGCAUCGCCGCAUACUUUCGUACCGCGUCCCAGCCCUACUCCGGUUCCUGUUCCGCCGUAUGCCAAUCAUACUGGCGCUUCUGCUCAUCACACCUUUCCCGUCCAAGGAGUCCAAGGAGUUCAAGGCGCCCAUCAUGUCGCCCACAAUCACAGCACGCCCCAAAUGCCCCAAACUCCACAUUUUCAGGCUCAUCAAUCGCAUCAGCCUCCUACUUACAAUGGCUUUCCGCCUCAAUACAGCACAACCCCGAUCCCCAUACCUCACCAGCCUCACCAUGCCCCGCCGCAUCAAAUAAACUCUCCUAUACCCAACUACGACCCGUCGCAUCGCCUUGCGCCGUCGCCCGCUCGUCCUCCCAUGGCAGCCACCCCUGGUCCAAGUGGACAUGCUCAACCUAAUGCCUAUAAUCCGCCCCGUCCGGUCGAGGUCUACCAUUUGGAUGAUGCGUUGAACGACAAGAUUCCCACCGAAGUUCGGGAACAAUUCCAGCGCGACGAGGCUGGGCGUGUGCUGUUCUUCACCCAGCCGCCACUGGACCGCCCGCACCGCGGUCUAUCGGCCGAAAGUGCUACUCUUGGUCAUAGCGUUCGUUAUCUCGCCGACCGUGCGCGCGAAGUCGAGGAUCGUCGGGCGAAGCGUAAGGCAAGAGAUGAGCUGCGACAGCAAGAAGAGAAGAAGCGCCAAGAAAUGGAAAUGCUUGCUACCGAGAAGGAACGAAACCAAAUGAUCGACGUCGCUAGCGACAUGUUUGUAGGCUGGAUCAACGAUAUGAACAAGGGGAAUGAAAUAUUGAAGGCGGCGUACGACGGCUGGAGCUGUCGUGAUAAGGAUAUCGACGCUGUUGCCAAGACAUCCGCGGCCUAAGAAAUUAAAAAGGAUACCUAAGCACCAGAGUGACGAGAAGUCUCGUAACUACCGCACUCUCAUCUCGAGUCAGAUGUUUUCACGGCGUUCGUGGAGGAAGAUAAUGGGCAGGCUAGCCUCCUAGGAGUUACGAAAGAUACCAUUUACUGGCUGGGUCUAGGUCCUCUGCUAUGACACAUGCUUGUUUUCGCUGGAAUGGAAAAAUCCCGAGAGUGCGAGUUUUUGUAAUGUACUUAUUCCACUGUCUGUAUGAUCACAAUGGCAAUUGACGUGAUGGCCAUUUCUACUAAUUGCGGCUUUGUUAGAUUGUGCGUAACGUCUUCCUCACCUUUAACUUUCGUAGUAGUAUAAUAUCCCA